AAUGGCAUUCAGUCUCAGCGCGAUACCACCCCCAAAUCACGCAAAUUAUCCGAUCUAGAGGAACAGAUCAUAGUUCAGUUCAUCCUAGACCUGGACUCGCGAGGUUUCCCCCCACGACUGCGUGGUGUGGAAGAAAUGGCCAACCGACUGCUCGCCGACCGGAACGCACCACCCAACACAAUCGCCAAAUACGGUAUCGACCUGGCCGAUAUCUACAACUUCGAUGAGGUUGGCUUUAUGAUGGGCGUCAUUGCAAACGGAAUGGUCGUCACAGGCACAGAAAGGCGUGCAAGACCGAAAUUAGUGCAGCCUGGAAGCCGGGAAUGGAUUACUGUCAUCCAGGCGAUCAAUGCGGAAGGCUGGGCGAUCCCGCCGUUCAUCAUAGGUGCGGGCCAGUAUCACCUCGCCAACUGGUACCGAGACAGCAAUCUCCCGGACGAUUGGG